AUGAAUGAAGAAAAUUCGAACUCGAUUACGAAUAUGAACAGAAAUAACAAGCUUAAUAUAAUGGAGAAAGAUAAAAUAUGUCCCCCAGUAAAAAACAGUAAAAUGAUGAACAGAGAAGAUAUAAAUGUAAAUAAAGAAGUGCGUGUGUUGGAUGAAAAUAAACCAUGUAGUAGCAAAAAUAAGAAUUACAAUGUUCAUGAACAGAAUAAAAAAAAGAAGAAUUUGAAAAAAAUUAAUGAAAAUUUAAAUGAAGUUCAGGAUGAUUUAGUACAGAUCAGCAAGGACGAAGUAGAAAGAAUGAACAGCAGCCAGUUUCCAGAACGAGAGGCACACAAAGGAAAGAGAAAUACACAUAAUAAGGAUUUCAAGAAUGAAAACCAAUCUGAGCAGACCGGGAAGAAGACAGAAAAACAGACAGAGAAGCAAACUGAUCAACCAACUAACCAGCAAGCGGAUCGACAAACGAACCAACAUAUCGCUAGCCAGAACAACCAUCAGGAAGAAAAUCUGGAAUUUAAGAAUUCAAAACUUGCUGAGAACAGCACAAGUGGAGAUAAUAACGAAAAAAGAAAAGUGGACUGUAUGAAUAAAAAUUUCACAAAUUGCAGUAGUAUUGACAAUAUGAAAAAAAUGAAUAACAGAUCGUACUUUGAGCGAGAAUCGAUUAACAGGGGCACUUAUCCAACUGAACGUGUUUCACAAACAGAGAAAAAUGAUAGUGAGGUAAAUUACCAUAAUGAUAAAAGGAAAGAAAAAAACAUCUUUGAGAAUGAUAAAAAUUUAAAAUAUUCUAGUAGAGAAAGUAAUUAUGGCUUAGAGAGUAACAAAAAUGGAUAUUAUAAUGAAAGAUGUGUAGAUCGUUCACCUUAUAAUGUUGAUAAGAAUAAAAUAGGAAAUUUUAACAAUGGUGUAAAUAACUUUUCGCAUGUUAAAAGGCCGUACAUUGAGCCAAACCUCUUCAAUCAGAGAAUUAUAAAAAAUAGCAAUAUUCAAGGAUUUAACAAGUACUACUGUCCGUAUGAAGAAAUUUGUGCUGAUAAUAAUAAUAAUAAUAAUCCAUUAAGGAAUAUGCAUAACACAAAAGCUGUGACGAUUAGUCCAGAAAAUGGCGAAAAAAGCGAUAAGAACAAUAGUAUAAGUUGUAACAAUUUUGGGUAUGCAAGUAUAGCACCCCCCACAAGUACAAAAAGCAACAAUCAACAGAAAAUUGAAUAUUUCGAAAAACAGUUAGUUGAUAGUUCGAAGAAAAUUCAUGAAACAAUUUCGUACAAUUCCCAAAAUGAUGGAGAAAAUAAUGACACAUAUGUAAACGUUGGAAAUCCACAACAACAUGUAAUUCCAUCUUAUAUAGAUCCAUUCGUAAAUAAGGAAGAAUCAGCAAGAGUUGGUGCAUAUCCAGAUGGUCGUUAUUGUACGAUCUCGAAAGAAAAAAAAAUACAUGAUCAAUAUUAUAGAAUAAAGCUAUGCCCAUUUUUAAAAAAAGGAUUAUGUCAGAGAGGAGAUAAUUGUUCUUAUGCACAUUCAGUGGAAACUUUAAGAAGUUGUAUGAAUUUAAUGAAGACUAAAAUUUGUAAACUGUGGGUGAAAAAUGAAUGCGAGAAUCAAAAUUGUGUAUAUGCACAUGGAGAAUUGGAAUUAAGAGCAACACCUGAUUACUACAAAACAAAGUUGUGUAAAUAUUUUGGUAAAGAAGGAGCAUGCCCAUCAGGAGAUAAAUGUAGACAUGCACAUGGUCAGGAAGAAUUAAGACAAAGGAAUUAUAGAAAAAACGAACUAGAAAAAUAUUUUCCAAAAAAUAAGACCAAUAUAAAAUUUUUACAUAAUGACAUUAACAUGAAGAGGCAAUACUCAGAACAUCUUCUGAACACAAUAAACAGUGGAAGUAGAAAGGAAAAUAUAGACAAAUAUGAAUUUAAUAAUUGGAGCGAAUUUAACCGUAACAAUGACUUUAGCAAUUUCACUAGCUGUUGUAUGGAGAAUCGUGUAUCCAAUUCAAAUGUUGAAAAUGUAGAAAAUGUAUCAGAAAACUUUGGCGAAAAAAGAAAAAUGUGUUUAAACCAAAUAUAUAAACCGAAAAAAAGGAAAAAUAUAAAACAACUUAUCAAGACUAAUGUAUCUGAUUGUCUUAUCAAGGAGAAAGAAAUAUAUUCUACUCAUAAUAUGUCCACGAAUAAUGAUUUAUAUACUCAACAGAAGGAUGGACAGUUCGACAGAACAAAGAAUGCUGCUAAUUGUUGUGCCAUUACAUAUGAUGCCAAUUAUUUUGAUAAAUAUGGAAAUUUCAAGGGCAGACAUGUUUAUAGUGAGCAAGCGGAAGAACAGAUUGAUAAGGAGAAAUUAGGGGAAGAAAACAGGAAUGAUUUGUGUCACUGGAUUUCUAACACGACUAACAGCACGGAAGUAGCAAUUAACGUUAAUGGAGAAAAAGAAGAAAUGGACGAACAAAUGGGCAAAGAAAUUGGCGAAGAAAUGGAAGAAGAAAUGGGCAAAGAAAUUGGCGAAGAAAUGGACGAAGAAAUGGGCAAAGAAAUUGGCGAAGAAAUAGACGAAGGAAUUGGCGAAGAAAUGAACGAAAAAAUGGAGGAAGACAAAAAAGAGUUCAAUUCAACAGACGAUGAGGGACACGAAAUGGAAAAAUCAGAAGAGAAUGGAGAAAAUCAGAUGGAAAGAAAAAAUAAGAUGUUGAAUGCUGAAAUUGUUCAUGCGAAAGACGAAAAUUCGACACCCAAAAAAGGAUCAUUAGAGAUGGAGAAUGAUGAAAGGGAGUUGAGUACAAAUGAGGAGCAGAACUCAGUUGAAGAAAAAUCUCAGAGUGAUCAUAUGAAUGAUGGAGAAUAUAAACUGUUCAGAAAAAAAAAAAAUAGAGAGGGAUAUAAAGAAGAAAAUUUCGACCAUAUCGAGGAUCCAAGCAGUGAGAAUAUGUCUAAUGGACGAAAUAGUAGCCAGUACGUUUCUAUUGGUAAAAGCAGCGUUGUGUAUGAAUCCAUUAAGAAGUGUAGCCAUAAUGAUUCUUAUAGAAAUAGCAACCAAAGCGAUCAUAAUGAAACCCAUGGAUCAGUAGAGGAAGAAAUUCAAAUGAAUGACGUAUUUGAAAUGGGAAUUGGAGGAGAAGGACAUAGAAAUUAUGCAGAUUUUAGAGAAAAUAAUCCAUUACUAGAAGAUGGUUCAUCAGAAAUGAGAAUGAAGGGAAAUUACGACUUUGAAAAUAAUAAACAUGAAAAUGGAGAUAUGGAUGGCUAUGAGAAUGGCGAUAUGUGUGACGAUAUGGAUGACGAUAUGGGUGACGAUAUGGGUGACGAUAUGGGUGACGAUAUGGGUGACGAUGUGAAUGGCUAUUUGCAUGACCUUGUGAACCAAGACGAGAAUUAUGACAACAGUUACGAAGUGAAUUAUUAUGAGAAGGAUGAUAAGAAAGAGGAGAAUUGUCAUGAUAAGGAAUCAGAACGCAUAAUUGAAAACAAAUACAAGUACACAGAACGAAUGAAAGAAAAUGAUGAACGCUAUUUAAAUAAACCAUAUGAAUUGAAGAACCACAUUCAUGGGAGUUGCAUAAACAAUGAUCCAAGGGAAAGUGACAAGUAUAACACAUUUAAAAAGUUCAAGGAAACAGAAAAUGAUUUCUCAAAGGAUACAAAUUUUAUAUUGAAGAAUCAAUACAGAAAGGAAAACGUUGGAAAGACAAAUGUAUCCCUGAGCAAAUUGGCUAGCUGCCCUACAACGAAUACUUCUGGGAAUUAUGGCCAAAAGAAUUUUAAUUAUAAGUAUAAGAAGUAUAAUAUGGAAAAUAAGUACGUAAAUAACUGUGGAAGUUUUGGGAACUACGGAAAUUUUGACAAAAACGAUUUUAAUAACCUAAUGAAGCUAAACAACAAGUUCAUCACGCAUAACAGAACCAUCAUUUCUGGAAUCAACGUCAACCAUAUGGGUGGGAAUAGUGGUUGUAAUGGCAUCGGACAUAUUGGAACACACAUCGAAGGAAAUAACUGCAGUGGAAACUUCCUAAAGGUAAGGGAAAUACAUGAGCAGCGGCAAAAGGAAAAAAACAGGAGCGAUAGAGAAAAUACAAGAGGAGAAACAAAGAAUUGUUAUGACUUAAAACAUGGCAAUUUAUUAUACAAAAAUUUUCUCAGAUCGUUUAACAAGACAUAUAUUACACCAUCUCAUAAUUCUUCAAAAUAUAACAUUGAAGAUUCACACAAAUGCUUACACACAAACUAUGACAAAACGAAUUAUUCACUUUACAUGCAGGAUACCAUACCUAAACAUAAUGAAAAUUACAAUAUCAUUUAUGACACUGGUAAUUAUAGAACAAAUUCACAUUAUGAUAAAAACAUGGAUAAUGAGAAUAACGGCAUGCUACAUGUCUCUCCCACAUCUCCCCUGAACAAAUUGGUCAACAACUUUAGCUAUUACAACUAUAAUGUAAGCAAUCUGAACUCGAAUCGAAACAACUGCUUAAGAUAUUUGAAUGUGGAAAUGAAUAUGGCUACCCAGAUACCCAUUCUUACGGCGGACAGGACGAAUUCGAUGGUAUAUCCAAGGGGGGCCACAAAUGGGGCCACAAAUGGGGCCACAAACGGGUUCACAAACGGGUUCACAAACGGGAUCACAAACGGGAUCACAAACGGGAUCACAAACAGAAUCACAAACAGAAUCGCAAACGAAGCUGUAUACAUGAUGGACAAGGCGAACACCUUUAACAGAAGAACACCAUACUCAUUAAACAGAGCUUAUGCAAACUACCAACCAAUUCUCAUAACUGAGCAACCCAGAAUUUUUCCAUCUAGCAAUGGUACACCAAAUAAUUGGCCCCAAUUGCAGCCAUACUCAAAUGAUCAUACAAAGAUGUUUUCGAGUAAUUCAAAUGUUUUAAAUGACACUGGUAAUAUGUACAAUAUUGGAAAUCGAGGUGUAAAUGUUCAAAUCAACAAUAACGGAUAUGAGAAAAACUGUGCUUUGUCCAAUGUUGCAAUAGGUAAUAGUAGUCACAAUAGAAGUUCCUUUACAUGCUUAGGUACGGAUAUUAGUAGCCCCCAUAUACAUAAGGAAAAAUAUGAGGUAUCAUCUUCAUUGAAUAUAUCACAUAAUGAUAGAUCGGGUUCAUCAAAAGGUUCGUUAAGCCUCAAUUCAAAUAAUGGAAAUGGAGUAAAUGUCCAGAACAAUGGCAUUAAUGGUGAUGAUAAUAUGAGUAAUGGAGAAAUUAUAAUAUGUGGAAGAAACGGUGGAAAUACAAGAGAAGCACUGAACACGAACAUUCAUACUGGAAAAGCCAAUCCGUGCGAAAUGCAAAUUACGCAAAACACCUCGAGAGAGAGAAGAAAAAGAAAUACAUACAUGCCAUAUAAUACAUACAAAAAUUAUGAUAGAAGAAUGAACAAUGGAUAUUUUAAAAACUACAGGAAUUAUAAUAACAAUAAUGUUUACACCAAUCAGAUAUAUACUAACCAGGUCUAUAGUAACCAAAUCUAUGCUAACCAUCCUCUUUAUCGUACUAAUCAAUCUUACUACAACAACCACUUGUAUACUUACCAGCGCCCGUAUAACCAUGACAAAUACAGUAGCUACACUCAUAACAACACCCCCUAUGACAUGAACUUUUAUAAUGGCAAUCCCUAUAACAGCAACCAAUAUAAUGGCAAUCCCUAUAACAGCAACCAAUAUAAUGGCAACCCUUACAACAAUAACUCCUAUAACAACUAUGAUUAUAACGGCAAAUAUACAUAUGGAAAUAUACCGCCCCCCUACGAUGGUAUAUACCCAUUUGAUAGUGCAUACCUUUAUGACAGCUUGCCAUCCUAUAACUGCAUUCAGUCUUAUGACAGUUUGCAACCUUAUAACAGCAUACAUCCCUAUGAAAGCAGCAUCCUGCAAGGUGAUAACUUUCAUCACUACAGCUCAUCUCCCCAUCAUCGGAACAACCACUAUUAUGGUGGAAUCCAUCCAUAUGGAAGUGCCCAGAAGUACAGCAAUGAUUACAACUAUAAUGAUAACCACAUCCACGUCCACAAUCAAAGCUAUAACUAUAACCAGAGCUACAACAAUUGUGGUAUUAACAAUAAUCACGUGUAUAACAGCAACGACCAUAAUUAUGAUCAGAAUAGCAACCUUUUAUUUGCCAAUAAUAAUCACCCGAACUACGAACCAUAUGAAAAUAGGGCAAACAAAGAUGAAAACACUGUAAAUAUCAUAACUACGGAAAAAACUGAACUUAAUGAUCCUAUGAAAAAUGCAUCAGAGGGAGAGGAAGUAGCACAAGGUGCCCAAGUCAUCAUUUUCCAAAAUCCCAAAAAAUGA